CAGCCAGCACAGAGCUCCCCAGGAACCACAAUCACUCGCAAAGAUCCCUCCGUGUUCAGGGAGGACGGUGCACAAGGGGUUUCUCCUUCUCCUUUCAAAGCCACCGCUCUGCAAAAUGGGCCUGAGCUCUUCCAAGGCGCAUCCCAAGGUGACCAAGGUGGCACCGAUGCAAACCGGGGAGGACCUGCCUGCUCUUGUCACCCCAUGCCAGCUCCUCAGGGUGCCAGGACAGCCCAGCGUGCGUCACGAACUUCCACCUCUCCGGGAGACCUGGUACGGGAGGUCCUCUGCAGGGCCCCUUUCUUUCAACACGGUGCCAGAAAAGGAAGAAACCAGCAUCAUUAAACAGCACCCACCCCGAAGACCUCAAAGGCUUGAACCUGCUGGCCCUAUGCAAGCAAUCACUCCUGCAAAGCCCUGGAGUCAGCGAGAAGUGGCUGCAAGCCCCCAAAAAAAGGCUCUGGAGGAGAGGGGACAAAGCCUGGGACACCCCCCUGGCAGGCGGCAGCACUUGCACAAGCUGCAGAUGCUGGACUUGACCCGCAGGCACCGAGAGGCAGAGCUGAAGCGAAAUCUCCACAGGGAGGCAAAAAUCAACAAACGAAAAAUCAAGGAAUUCAGCCCGGAGAAAGUCCUUGACACUCUCCAGAGAGGCAGCAGCAUUGAAAGCCGAGACCUCGUCCCUGCUGAGCUCAAUCAGCGUUUUCAUGGAGACGACCAUGGAAACAUAUGGGACAGAAGACCCUCCGGACAACAUGGUGGGGCUGACCUCUCUCCAGGCAGGAGCAAGAAGGCUGACCUGUGGUUCUCCAGGGAGCCGCGGACGAGGGAUCUGUUCUGGGACACCUCCAGCACAGACUCCGAGGAGUGGGAAAGGGAAGGGAAGAUUUACCACAAGCCUACGCUCGUGAGAACCAAGACAGAGAGAGUUUCUCUCUUCGAUGACUUCUUUGAUAAAGAUCUCUAGUGGCACGGUGUGGGGUGAGAGGGACAAGCUGAAGAAACGAGCCCCAGCUCUGGUGGGGGCUGAAAAACCCCCGGUUGGGUUGACCAAGGGUGGAGACACGAUGCUUGCGAUAAAUGACAUUUCAUGCCCAGAGGAAAGGACAGCUGGAAGUGAGGAGGUCACUGAUGUGAAGUGAAUAAUGACUGCUUGGGUUAUAUGGCUGCAUCAAAAUAUGUGGGGAAAAAAUAGCUUGGACCAAGCAACACUGAAGUGGGGAUAGAGGAAGGAGGAGGAGGCUGGCAAAAAAAUAAAACCAAGUAGAAGCUGGCAAAUAUUUUGGGUUAACCCCAGAUAUUAAGUUCCAACUACAAUGAAAUGUUUUGCCUGCCUCUGGGUUACUCAGCCUUUCUGUUUAACUUGUUUUUAACCUUAUAUCCUUUUCUAAACCACAAAAAGCCAGCUCAAAAUGCAAGCGUAAAUUAGUCAUUUAGGAAACCUUUAAAAUAAAUAUUCUGGCAUUU